AUGACGCACAAGCCCGUCCGAAAACCCAACAAGCUAUGCACACUACGCGUCACCCGUCUUCGAGUAUGCGGCGCGCUCGGCGAGGCGGGCGGCGGCGCGGCGGGCGGCGCGGGCGCCGGCGCGGUCAUACUGGCGGCAAGAAUGCACAGCAGCAAGCGUACCCUGCGCUCAAAUGAUAUUGCCGUGCCGCCGCUGGAUGUGGAGUUAGACCUGUGCUUCUCGCUACAGUAUCCGCACUUCGUCAAAAGGGAUGGGAACAGCGCCGGCGCGGUCAUCCUGGCGUCGAGGAUGACAGCAGCAAACGACAUAGCUGUGCCGCCGCUGGAUAUGGAGCUGGAUUUGUACUUCUCGCUACAGUAUCCGCACUUCGUCAAAAGGGAUGAGAACAGCGCCGGCGCGGUCAUCCUGGCGUCGAGGAUGACAGCAGCAAACGACAUAGCUGUGCCGCCGCUGGAUGUGAAGUUAGACUUGUCCUUCUCGCUGCAGUACUCUCACUUUGUCAAGCGGGAUGGGAACAGGCUAUGCACACUACGCGUCACCCGUCUUCGAGUAUGCGGCGCGCUCGGCGAGGCGGGCGGCGGCGCGGCGGGCGGCGCGGGCGCCGGCGCGGUCAUACUGGCGGCAAGAAUGCACAGCAGCAAGCGUACCCUGCGCUCAAAUGAUAUUGCCGUGCCGCCGCUGGAUGUGGAGCUGGAUUUGUGCUUCUCGCUGCAGUACCCGCACUUCGUCAAAAGGGAUGGGAACAGGCUGCAGAUCAUGCUCCAGAGACGUAAGAAGUACAAAAACCGCACGAUCCUGGGAUACAAGACUCUGGCUGAAGGUGUCAUAAGGAUGGACCAGGUGCUGCAGCGUUCAAUGGACAUGGAGCUGGAGCUGACCGGCGUCGGCGGCAAGGUGGGCGCGGCGGCCGGGCAGCCGGUGGCCCGGCUCAGCAUCACCGGGCUCGCCUCCACGCCUGUGGACCACGACACCAAGAACAACAACACUCUGCUCAUCACCGAGCGAGGGUACUCCGACGAGGAGGAGGAGGGCGAGUUCAGCUCGGUGGAGGAGGCCGACGAGGUGACGUACGGUGCGCAGGCGCGUCGUCGCGCGCACCGGCAACUCGCCUUCAACAAGGCGGACCUGUCUUACACUAAGCUGUCCCGCUCUCGCGACUUGAGCUACAUGGAGCGCGAGCGAAAGAGACAGAGCUAUAUGCACUCCAAGGCGAACGACAGGGACAGCGACAGCGAGCUGGAAAACGCAUCCGCCAAGCGCAAGGGCAGCCGCGGCAAGCUCGCGCAACGCAACCUAAAGCAGAAGUUCGCGGCGCUGUUGCGUCGUUUCCGCGUCCCAGAAGAGCUGGGUGAGCGAGGGGCGGCGCGGGACACGCAUCAUGCACAGCGGGACAUAGACGAGCUGUUCCAGGAGCUAGAGUCGCUAUCAUGCGGCGAGGGCGAAGACUCCGGGCCCGAUCAGAUGGACACCAUCAGCAUCGGCUCCACACCCAAACCCUCGCUGCGGCCUUUCUUCAGCAGCUCCAGAAGCCUGGCCAACCAGGACCACCACCGGCAUUCCAACGGUAUGCGUGAAUUCAGUACGAUGACCAGAAGACAAGUCCAAGAGUUCCACAACCGACUCCUGACUCGGUUGCAGAUCAUGCUCCAGAGACGUAAGAAGUACAAAAACCGCACGAUCCUAGGAUACAAGACUCUGGCUGAAGGUGUCAUAAGGAUGGACCAGGUGCUGCAGCGUUCAAUGGACAUGGAGCUGGAGCUGACCGGCGUCGGUGGCAAGGUGGGCGCGGCGGCCGGGCAGCCGGUGGCCCGGCUAAGCAUCACCGGGCUCGCCUCCACGCCUGUGGACCACGACACCAAGAACAACAACACUCUGCUCAUCACCGAGCGAGGGUACUCCGACGAGGAGGAGGAGGGCGAGUUCAGCUCGGUGGAGGAGGCCGACGAGGUGACGUACGGUGCGCAGGCGCGUCGUCGCGCGCACCGGCAGCUCGCCUUCAACAAGGCGGACCUGUCUUACACUAAGCUGUCCCGCUCUCGCGACUUGAGCUACAUGGAGCGCGAGCGAAAGAGACAGAGCUAUAUGCACUCCAAGGCGAACGACAGGGACAGCGACAGCGAGCUGGAAAACGCAUCCGCCAAGCGCAAGGGCAGCCGCGGCAAGCUCGCGCAACGCAACCUAAAGCAGAAGUUCGCGGCGCUGCUGCGUCGUUUCCGCGUCCCAGAGGAGCUAGGUGAGCGAGGUGCUACGCGGGACACGCAUCAUGCACAGCGGGACAUAGACGAGCUGUUCCAGGAACUAGAGUCGCUAUCAUGCGGCGAGGGCGAAGACUCCGGGCCCGAUCAGAUGGACACCAUCAGCAUCGGCUCCACACCCAAACCCUCGCUGCGGCCUUUCUUCAGCAGCUCCCGAAGCCUGGCCAACCAGGACCACCACCGGCAUUCCAACGGACCCGCAUGCGCAGUGACGCGGCACGCGAGCCUCGCCUCCGCCGCCGAGCUGGCCACCGUGCGGGAGCGCCACGUCGCCACCGUCCCGCUCACAGAAUCAGAAGCCAUCAGGAGUUCGGCGGGCGACGAGCGCGGCAGUGAAGGCAACAGUGACGGUGACGUCACAGCCGACGCCCCGGUGUCCGGGGCUUCUGUGUCGAGCUCACCGCCGAAUGACACUAAAAUGUCUAUGGAGGACAAGCGCUCCCGCCUCUUCAGAAGCGCGACGAGUGGAGGUAACCUGACCCCGGGCUCCGGCGGGCGCAAGAAGAACUCCCUGGUGUCGGCGGCGGAGCGCCCGCUGUCGGCGCACGAGCUGCCCGCGCAGAGCCCCACCGCGCUGGAGGUAAACACACAUGUAGGACUUGACAACUUUAAAUCAGAAGCCAUCAGGAGUUCAGCGGGCGAUGAGCGCGGCAGUGAAGGCAACAGUGACGGUGACGUCACAGCCGACGCCCCAGUGUCCGGGGCUUCUGUGUCGAGCUCACCGCCGAAUGACACUAAAAUGUCCAUGGCGCUGGAUGCAGGAGGACAAGCGCUCCCGCCUGUUCAGAAGCGCGACGAGCGGAGGCAACCUGACCCCGGGNCUGGAACAGUAGUCAAUACCCCGGGCUCCGGCGGGCGCAAGAAGAACUCCCUGGUGUCGGCGGCGGAGCGCCCGCUGUCGGCGCACGAGCUGCCCGCGCAGAGCCCCACCGCGCUGGAGUCAAUGACCCCGGGCUCCGGCGGGCGCAAGAAGAACUCCCUGGUGUCGGCGGCGGAGCGCCCGCUGUCGGCGCACGAGCUGCCCGCGCAGAGCCCCACCGCGCUGGAGUUAAACGGCAGGAAUAGUAGUCAAUACCCCGGGCUCCGGCGGGCGCAAGAAGAACUCCCUGGUGUCGGCGGCGGAGCGCCCGCUGUCGGCGCACGAGCUGCCCGCGCAGAGCCCCACCGCGCUGGAGGAAUAGUAGUCAAUACCCCGGGCUCCGGCGGGCGCAAGAAGAACUCCCUGGUGUCGGCGGCGGAGCGCCCGCUGUCGGCGCACGAGCUGCCCGCGCAGAGCCCCACCGCGCUGGAGAACUCCCUGGUGUCGGCGGCGGAGCGCCCGCUGUCGGCGCACGAGCUGCCCGCGCAGAGCCCCACCGCGCUGGAGCCCCGCCGCGGCCUUUCGGAGCAGGUGGCUCGCGCCGUGGGCGAAGAGGGCCCCGCCCCCGAAGUGGUGGCCGUGGUGCCCCCGGGGGCCCCGGCCGCGGCCCUGCACGCGCUGGGCGCCGCCUGCGUGGUCGCCGCGCCGCACUCGCCGGACGCGCGGCAUCUGCUGCACGCGCUGUAUAAGCACCCCGCCUCUUUAGUAGUGGCCGUGGUGCCCCCGGGGGCCCCGGCCGCGGCCCUGCACGCGCUGGGCGCCGCCUGCGUGGUCGCCGCGCCGCACUCGCCGGACGCGCGGCAUCUGCUGCACGCGCUGUAUAAGCAUUACUAUCUAGCUGUCUUUGAAGAUAGCCCCGCCUCUGUGAUAGUGGCCGUGGUGCCCCCGGGCGCGCCAGCCACGGAUCUGCACGCGCCAGGCAUCUGCUGCACGCGUUGUAUAAGCAGUAAGUGUCUGAUGCACAUUCUGUGUGAGCAGACGGGCCGGCGCGCGUGCGUACGGGUGGUGAUAUGUGGCGGCGACGGAGCCACGGCGGCGGCGCUGCGGGCCCACGCCGAGCUGGCCGCGCGCCGGCCGCACGACGCGCUGCAGAUACGGUUCUACAUCGUGCCCUUAGGUAAGUGGCCCCUAUCUAACCUCAGGACGGGCCGGCGCGCGUGUGGGUGGUUUGUGAUAUGUGGUGGCGACGGAGCCACGGCGGCGGCGCUGCGGGCUCAUGCGGAGCUGGCCGCGCGCCGCCCGCACGACGCGCUGCAGAUACGGUUCUACAUCGUGCCCUUAGUGUGGGUGGUGAUAUGUGGCGGCGACGGAGCCACGGCGGCGGCGCUGCGGGCUCAUGCGGAGCUGGCCGCGCGCCGCCCGCACGACGCGCUGCAGAUACGGUUCUACAUCGUGCCCUUAGGCCAGAACACAGUGGCGCGCUACCUGGCAGCCAGUGACAGCACGUACGCAGCGCUGUUCACGGGCGAAUCGUGGCUCGCGCUGUGCGACCGGGCCAAUGACUGCGUGUCCGACAUCGCUGAGAUGUCUUCGAGGAUUGCCAGGUAUCUGAACACCAUCGGGCCCGUGAACAACGUGCCGAUCGGGGAGGCCAUGGUGGCCUACCGCGAGAAGUCCGGCGACGAGGACGCCAGCCAGACCUUCGUGCCCUUCAUCGCGGAGGUCCGCGUAGGCGUGAGCGAGGGCGCGGUGUCUUCGUUAGAGCUGGAGGAGGGCGGCGGCGGCUCGCCCCCCGCGCGGCCCUCGCCGCCCGCCACGCCCGCGCCCGCGCACGACCUGGCGCCGCCGCUGCUGCGCGCCGAGCCGCUCGAGCUGCAGCUGGACUACUGGCUGGUGCCGGGUCGCGCGGCGGAGGGCGCGGACGGCAAGGUGACGAUCAAGGCGUCGUUCCGCGCGCUGCACGUGUCGCGGCAAAACGCUCACCUCUGCAUCACCUACCUUACCAAGGAGAAGAAGCAGAAGAUAAUGCGCCUUGGCAAGAAGAAGGAGAAGUCCGGAGAAACGGAAUCAGGCCGCGCGCAAGUGGUUGACGGCGUGGCGCGCCUCAUCUGCUCCGCCAAGGGCUCGCACAACGCGCCGCUCAAAGUAUUCAUCGACGGCACCGAAUGGAACGGCGUCAAGUUCUUCCAGCUGUCCACGCAGUGGCAGACGCACGUCAAGACCUUCCCCGUGGCCACCUGCGGAGCGCCGCUCGCGCCCCCUGAGUCGUAAAGUCGGGGUCACUGACCGCUUGACAGCACUCGUGGUCAUCUUGGCCACCGCUCGGCGGCCGCAGCGCGCGCACCGCCUUCUACCGGGGUCAAUGACCGCUUGACGACGCCCGCGGCCAUCUUGUCCACCGUCGCUCGGCCAUCCUCGGCCACAUUCGGCCACCCGACGACGGCCGACGAGCCGCGUCCAUCUCCAACCCUAAUCGUACCGACGCAACGUCGACUUUUGUGUAAUCAAUAUUUAUUACGCUAUCGAGCUGCCAUGAUUUAUUAGCGCGUAGGCGGCUUUUGUUAUGUAUUUUGAGUAGCCGUUUGAGAGUCGAUUUAGAAUUAGCCGAGCGCAUUCGCGGCGCAGUAUUCGUGUGUAUUCAAGCUACAUAAUAAAGGCUCAAUAAUCACGUUAACUAUUCAUCAUAGUCAUUCAUAAUUAUUAUUGUUAGUAUCGUAUUUAAUGUUAUAAUGGUAUAGUAGUUAUUCGUGUACUCAACAUAUAUCGAGAAAUAAUGGUUCGUGACAUUUCCAAUAUGUAUGUAAGUUAGAUUUUAUGUAUUGGUGUAGUGAAAACCGAAUUUCAAUGAGUAUUCGUCGGCGCAUAUCAGAGCUGGUUCGUGCUGGGCGAGCGGUUGUUUAGUCUGUGAUUCGUGAAUGCAGUUUUUUGUUUUUAAUUAAUUAAGACAAAGGAUUGUCGCAGUCAUCUUUUGUAUUUUUUAUAAGCGCAGCUGAAAUGCUAUUUGGCGACGUUUUUUUAAUUUUGUACGGUUAGAUGUUUCAAUAGUACGUUUAGAUGCAAAAUAGAAUAGAAACGUGUUUACUUCGAUAAUAUUUUAUGAUGAAAUAAUCAACAUUAUCUUCCUACAUUUUCCAAGCUAUGCUUAGUCUUCUGUGUCUUGUGUUGUAGUAUUUUAUAAUUGGCGCUAAAAUUGUAAAGUAUCUCGGAAAGAGACUUGGCUCUCUCUAAAUUCGAAAUUAAUUCCGAGCCAGUUUUAGAACGUUUUUUUCUCGGCUAAUUUUAUUGUGGAAGAAAACUAUCAUUGACACCAGGCGCGGAUUCAGGUGUUGAAACUGUAGAAUCUGCCUGUCAACAAGCGACUAUCUUUUUUUUUUCAAUAAUAUGGCUCAUCUUAGUUGAAUAAAAAUGUUUACGCCAUUAUUCUUAACUUAAGGCACUUUGACUCAAUUUUCUCUUAUAAAUUUAAAUAUGAAUAUACUCUUUAAUGUUGACCCUAAGUCCGCGCCUAGUUGCCAAAAGGGACGCAUGGAGUCGGCACCCUAGACGCCAACGACUGUCUCAUGAUAUCAUAGAUGUAAUUUCUAUAUUCUCAACAUGUGUAAUGUUUAGAUUUAGCCUUUGUCCGUGAGCGAGAAUGCAAGUUCGAUUGGUUUUAGUGCAGAGUGAAAAUUCUUGAGAUUAAAUGUUAGAGCUUUUGCGUGCGCCCGCCAGAGGCGCUGAUAGUUCCAUUUUACGUUCGAAAUAAAGUUUUCUUUUUAUUAUAGUUAUUUUACUAUACUUUUUAGUAUUUACAUUAUUAACUGUAAAAGAUAAACUUUAUGCCAUACUCAUGGAAUAUAAAAUUGUAUGUAAAAUUAUCUGUGUUAACCAAAAAUUGAUUCGGCUAAUCUUCUGAAUAUUUCAGAAACUUAUUAAUUAAUAAAUUGUGCCAAAAUAUAAUGUAUUCUUCAAUUAACUUAUCGUAAUGUUCGUCAAAAAAAAUUGAAUUAUAUCCAGUUUCAAUCAUAAAUGUACCUACUUGUGUAAAAAUAGAGAUCGAAGAUUUUUGGAAUGAUUGAUUGAAAUAAUCAUCGGUCAUUUGUCGGUAAAGUGCGAGCGAUAUAAAGUUAGCAUAGUAGUAUUUCGUGUAAAUACUAAAAUAAAUGUGUAUCGUUGUAUUGGAUUAAUAAAGUAAGUGUCCAACUAUAAUAUCGUCAAAACAAAAUACAAUAAAAAACGAUUAUGAUUAUUGUCGGUUUAUGAAACGCAAGUGUUUCUCAUAAUAUCUUUUAGGCGUUUAACACCGACGAGAUGCAAGUUUCUUAAAUGUUCAGAAGCAGAGCUAUUUGAAUUAAUUGCAAAUGUUUCGAAAUAUAAAAUUUGAUAAUGUAAUGGACUGCUCAUUUUUUUAUUAUUUCAUACCGAGUCGGAAAUAAUAUAUAAACUUGACAUAAGAAAUCUAAUAUUCAUCGCUAAUAAACAUGUAAAUUGUGCUUAAAAUUGAGCUAGCUGUAUCGCAUUAAUAAAUUGUAGGUUUUUGAACCUCUAACUCUCCUUAUGGUCAAAAUCCAAUAAAAUUGACGCCCUUUUUGCCGUGAAUUAUGAGUAUUUAGGCCAAUACACAGUGAAUACUUCGUAAUCAUAACUUUCCCAAAUAUAUCCUUGCUUAACCUUAUAUUUUAUUCAAGUCGAAAUCCCUUAUAAUAUAUUCUUAACUGGUGUAAUCUCUCUAUUGUAGUACAGUUAACAUCAAAAUGUAGUGGACUUUCUAAUGAUACUAAACCCAUCUGAUAGUGUUUUCUUUUCAAACAUAAUACAUUAAAUUAAAUUACAGACUUUUCCAAAUGAGUUACAGCAGUAACAGAGAAGACUAACAACUUUCAAGAUAUAAAUCAUUAUAAAUAUUGUAUUGCUAGCAGUCUUCUUUUAAUGCUACAUUACAUUUUUGAUUGAACAAUAAAAAAUUAUUUGAAAAUCUUUUAUUUGCUUGUCAGACUAAAAAGCUAAAUAGAAAAAGGUUUUACCCAAAGGAAAAAUCCUGCUGAUAUUAUUCAUGUUACGAAUGACUUUCUAAUACUUAUUACUUGUUUAAUUACUACAUGUAACAUGAUAUAAUUAUUAUUGAACACAAACCUUGUAUUAUUUGAUUGAAGUGUAAAAUAAAACAUUUGCUUGCUGUUUACUUUCACCGAUUUAAUUACAUAUCAAAUUGUAUAUUGAUGAAGUGAAUCCAUGAUUCUACAGAAAAAAAUGCAAAUGUUUUAUUGUAUGUUUUCUAUAAUUUUUGAUCUCAUAACUGCUGUCUUGGCAAAUUAAUUUAAAUUGGCAAUGUUGUAUGGAAAAUGCAAUUUGGAAUUGCUGAUAAAUUAACAAUGUGUGUAAUCAUCACAAACUU